CUUCUUCGGCGGAGGCCUGGAGGGAGGCGAUGCGGCUGGAGGCAGCCGGGGCCGGGCCCCUGGUUCCAGGCGGACAGGGAGGCUCCAGCGGCGCCCCUCCAGACGGGGACCAGGCCGCGGGGGCACAGAACAAGCCGUGGAAGAAGCUGAAAAACAUGGUGCAUUGGUCCCCCUGUGUUGUCUCCUUCCGAAAACGCUACCCAUGGGUGCAACUUGCUGGCCAUGCAGGGAACUUCAAGGCCGGUGAUUUUGGACGUAUCCUGAAGAAGUAUUGCCCCAGCGAGCAGAAGUGUCUAGAAUGUCUGGUGUGCGAUGCUCUCCAGCCAUAUGUCCCAGCAUACUUUGGGGUGGUGGAGCAUGAUGGCGAGACCUAUAUCCAGAUGGAGGAUUUACUGGCUGGCUUUGAUGGCCCAUCCAUCAUGGACUGCAAAAUGGGAAUUCGGACAUACCUUGAGGAGGAAUUGGAGAAGGCGAGGCAGCAGCCCUGUCCACGCCAGGACAUGUAUGACAAGAUGGUGGCCAUCGAUCCGGCAGCUCCCACACCAGAGGAGCAUGCCCAGCGGGGCGUCCUGAAACCUCGCUACAUGCAGUGGAGGGAGACGCUUAGCUCCACUACCACCCUCGGGUUUCGUAUCGAGGGCAUCAAGAAGGCUGAUGGAACCUGCAACACCAGCUUUAAGAAGACCCGGCAACCAGAGCAAGUGAUCCAGGCUUUCUGGGACUUUGUAGAUGGUGAUAAAAGCACUCUGAAAAGCUACCUGGAGCGGCUCAAGGAAGUGAAGGUGGCGCUCGAACAGUCAGAGUUCUUCAAGGUGCAUGAGGUGGUUGGCAGCUCCCUGCUCUUUGUCCAUGACCACACAGGGCUGGCUCGGGUUUGGAUGAUCGACUUUGGCAAGACUGUCCCACUUCCAGAAAAACAGACACUGACACACCGGUUGCCAUGGGUGGAAGGCAACCGGGAGGAUGGCUACUUGUGGGGCUUGGACAAUCUCAUUGCAAUCUUGGAGAGCAUGCUAGGAGAGUGAGCAAGCUGUAGUAAAGGACACAGAGCUCUGACAAAAGCAGAUAAGACAAGACUGAUUGCUUGGUCCCAGCGACUUUGCCUCUAAUUUAUUCAGCCAGAUAUGCUACCACCAAACCUGGGGAAGCCCCGAAAAAGUCUGGAGUAGAACUGGAAAGCAGUGUUGCCACCACAGAAGAACCUUCAGCUCUCAGAGGUGCCCCAGAGGCAGUCACUUUGUGAAAGGCCCUGGUUUUGCACAACCAGAGUUGUUGCUUCUUCAAGUUAAUGACUGUAUCAACGAACAUCUAGUUAAGACGCUAACUCUGCUCUGGGGUCACCGUCUCUCUUGGCAGCUGCUGUGUGAGAUUUAAAGAGGAGACUGCAAGACAAACAUUGCUCCAGGAACCAAAACUGAGUGGAGGCUCUAAGCGUACCCAGUUUAGAGGCAUCUGUUACUAGGAUGCUGAAUGUAGCAUUUCUGAAAAAAGAAUGUCUUAAGAGAUGUCUUAAGAAGGUGGAAAGCAAAAGGGAUGGAAUUUAUUUAAAGCUGUUCCCCAACUAAGCCUCACCUUUGUCAAAAUGUCAUCUGGACAAAUGGGUGGUUUCUCUUCUGGGGGAGCUACUGUAUAACUUUCCUGACACUUUCAAAAUUUACUCUUCAACAAGACAGAACCAAAAUGCUUGUUUUGCAAUCUGAUGUCUGAGAUGUGGUUGGUUUAAAAAAAGAAUUAUGUUGACAAUGGCCAGGAUGCCUGUUUUAUGGUGCUGACUAUAUGAUGGUAUUAACAAGCAGUAAUCUCUUGGGAAGAGUUUACCCGCAGGGCUUCUGUCAGUGGGCAACAGAAGCUCCAUUGCAAACCACUGGAAAAGAGUGUUCCCUCAUUGUUACUAUGUUUUGGGUUUGUUUGGAUUUCUUUUGUAAAUGUUGAGAUGUAAAACUUUUUUUAAAGGGACGUUACUGA